GACCAACAUGGUCACCAACUGUUAGAAACGUCAAACAUGUCACGACGGGAGUGCAAUUGUAUGUGAAAAAAGUGUUUUUUUGGAUUAAAAACUCCGUCAGUUCUUUUGGGAUUUAAUUUUCAUCAAACACGAUGGAUGUUCGUGAUGUCUUUGCCGGUGUCGCAAUAUGAGGCUUUGCUGGCGGAAGUGCGCGGUUUGAGACGUAAAGCUCAACGCGUACAACAGCUGGCGACACCUCUUCUAUCGAAUUUUUCUUCCAGUGACUGUCAUCAUCAGAAUGACGCAGUAAAAUUGUGUACUUCCCACGACAUGGAGCCUCUACUCACCUCAUCGUCAACAAAUUGCGAUGAUGAGCCAUGGCCAACCUUGGAGCCCAUCACCAAAACGUCGCUCGAAGUCAGCAGUGUGAUGAGUUUCGCAUCGAGUUCUGGUGGUGGUGGUCUUCUUCUGGGAAGUCCCAGUUUAUCACGUCGUUCCUCCCAACAAUUAGAAGCCAAAGUUGAUAUGGUUUAUAGUCUUUUAGCAAUGUUAAGUGGGCAAGAACAUGCCGAUAUGGGUGAAACACUUCUAGCAUUAAGUACAAACCCAGAAAGUUGUCUAGCAAUGCGUCAAUCGGGUUGUAUACCAUUAUUAGUACAAAUGGUCCAAUCAGAUCGCGAGCCAGAAACAAGAACAAAAGCUGCACAGGCUCUUCAUAAUUUAGUGCAUUCACAGCAGGACGAAAAAGUGAAAAAACGUGAAGUUCGCGUUUUUAAAUUAUUAGAACACACUAGGGGCUACACUGAUGCGGUAAGAGCGCACAAAGAGAGCGAAUUUGAGUCCGAAGAGGAGGACAAACAUCCGGUACAGACUGUUGCACAUUUGAUGAAAUUGUCAUUUGAUGAAUUGCACAGACAAGCGAUUUGUACCUUGGGUGGGAUUCAUACGAUUGCCAGCUUGGUUGAGGCGGAACAUUCGUAUCAUGGAAGUAUUACAACGGAACCACACUGUAUUUUAAUGCGUCGUUACGCCUGUAUGGCUUUGACAAAUCUAACUUUUGGUGAUAGUGGCAAUAAGGCGUUACUCUGUUCGUAUCGUGAAUUUAUGAGGGCUUUAGUGGUCCAAUUACAAAGUCCUAGCGAUGAAUUACGACAGGUGACAGCGAGUGUUUUACGUAAUUUAUCAUGGCGUGCCGAUUCCACAAGCAAGGAAAUUCUACGUGAAGUUGGCAGUGUUAGCGGUUUAAUGAAAUCAGCAAUGUUGGACAACAAAGAAAACACUUUAAAAUCGAUUCUGUCGGCUUUAUGGAACCUAUCGGCACAUUGUACCGAAAACAAGAGCGAGAUUUGUUCGGUAGAGGGCGCUCUUGCAUUCCUCGUCAAUACACUAACUUACAAAACCCCCUCAAAAUCGCUUGCAAUUAUUGAAAAUUCUGGCGGUAUUUUACGCAAUAUUUCGAGUCAAAUAGCCGUUCGUGAUGAUUAUCGUGAGAUUUUACGGCGUCAUAAUUGUCUGCAGAUACUUCUCGACCAAUUAAAAUCGCCAAGUUUGACAAUUGUUAGUAACGCUUGUGGUACAUUGUGGAAUCUUUCGGCUAAAUGUUACACCGAUCAAGAGUUGCUAUGGCAAAUGGGGGCGCCAGCAAUGCUUCGAAGUCUCAACCAUUCCAAACAUAAAAUGAUUGCGAUGGGAUCAAGUGCGGCUUUGAAAAAUCUACUAAGUGCAAAACCAACUCAAUUGUUACCAAGUGUGAUGGAUUCAACAGCGUUGGCUAUGGAUUUGCCAGCAUUGCCAACGUUAGGUGCCCGUAAACAAAAAGCACUAUUACAUGAUUUAGAUCAGGCGUUACUUUCGGAAACUUUCGAUAAUUUAGAAAAGGAAUCGCCAAAGAAAUGUAGUGACAAUUUUUGUAGUUUAAGUGAGGCGAGUACAAGUUAUGAGACGAGAAAAAAUCUAAGUUUACCGUAUUUUGACGAGUCGAGUAACGAUUUAAAUGUUGGUAAAUGUUUUAUGAAGAAAAUCGAAAAUAAGUUGAAUGUUUGUUCGGAUUCGGGAUUGCAAAGUUUCGAAGUUGAUUCAGGUUCGUCCAGUUCGUUAGACAAUGAUAAAUGUAAACGAGACGAUGAGAAAGAUCAUUGUUCCAUUGAAGAUGUUUCCGAUUCGGAUAAUCAAGUUUGUGACGAUUUAAGUUUUAUGGGUCUUACGGUUCGACGAGAAUUGGAAACAACGCACAUUUCACCGAAAUUCAAGUCACCACCGAAUGUGACAAUGUUUGAGGGUGAUAUUGACGAAAUUGACAUACACGAUAUUUCCAUACAUUUUGAGGAAAAACAGGACACCGAAAAUGAGAAGAAAAUCGAAAUGUCUUCUAACAAACAAAAGACGAACAACAGUGGUAUACCACUACCGAAAAGUCUCCCCCCCCGUCCUAGACAAGAGCCAAUCGAUUCACCACCACUGUUACUUGAUACACCAAAGAAAAUCAAUCGUUUAGCAUCGGCUUUACCACGACCUCAGACGACGAGUACACCGAUUACAAGCAGUGAAGCCACAAAAGUUGAAAAUAUCGACGACAGGUCUGGCGAGAUGGACGAAUUUCCAUUUUUGAAUCACAAAGACGAACGUGAUCGUCUUUUGGAACGCAGUUGUGAGGAAAACAAUCCAAUGGAUAAUCGAAUGCUGGAUCCGGACGCUAUGAUUCAAUCGCUUGAUCGUUUUACAGCCGAAUUAGUGUCACAAGCCUCGCAUCUUCAAAGCGAUGAAAAAUACAAAGACAAUACUUGGAAUGAAGACACAUCACCGAAUGAAGUAACAUUUCCAAGUAUUUCCGGUAGUGCCCCGAAUGUUAUCACAUUCGAAUCGGACGACAUCGGGGAAAAACCAAUUGAAUCAAAUGAUUUUUCAUCAGUUAGUACAAUGACCGAAUCAACUUUGAUCGCAAUCGAAGCAAGUAAAAUGGCAACAGUGUUUAAAAACGAAGCUGAAAUGUCGUCAAGUACCACUUGGCUCGAAUUGGAUAGCGUACAACCGCCGAGUUUACUCGAAUCGUUUAAUUCCGAUGUGGGUAAAAGUCCGAAAUUGACAACGCGGAAAAAAUCGUUUAGUUUGGUGCGGCGUGCGUUGAGUAAUUCCCAGAAUUCGGAUAGUUUACUAGAUCAGGGGAAUCCCUUAGAAUUGGAUACGACAUUUCCCGAGUUUGUUAUCAACGGUUCGAUUAAUUGUAAUGUGAUGACGUCCAAAUUGACCGAUUUGGAUAAUAUUAAUCCACCGUCGUUGUUUAACGAAAUUACAGAUCUCUGUAAUUCGCUUAGUGACAUAGCAACGGAAGCUAUCGGAAGCGAAACUGAAAUUUUUGAAGAUUGCCAAACACAUAUUGACGAUGUUACGGAAUUUUCCGAUGCUAAUAGUGCCACUCCAAUACAAUCGGAUCCAAGUAGUCCGGAAAUUACACCAAAGAAAAACAAAACAAUCAAAAAACCAAUGACGUUGAAAGAGAAAAGACACUUAGCCAAAGAUCGAUAUAAAACUUAUACAGUGGCAGCUGAGAUGUUUUCACAAUUAGAGGACGAAACAAGUGACUAUCAGUCAACAGUUGAAGAACCCAAAAGUAAAUCAAGUAUUCGGAAAAAUUUCCUCCAGAAACGACUAGAAAAUAGUGAUCGUUUUAAGACACAAAUUUUAAGUCCAAGUCCUGAGUUGCAUUCAAUUGUGGCAAAGGAAGCAAAUCUAGUUUUAAAAAAUCUACAAGCGACAAAAACAAGUGACGAAUUACUUGAUUGUGAGACUUUGAGUUUGGUUUCAAACGACGAUGAUUCCGAACAGAGUUCGGUGAAUUACCGAACCUAUCACAAAAGUUGGGGUUUGAAAAAAAAUAAUAUCCCAGUGAUUGAAGCGAGCACGAAACCAAAAAUUGUCAAACCUUCUGAAGAUGACGUCCAGGUGUCUCCACCACCACCAGCGCCUCCGAAAGCAAUCCGCGGUCGUCGCAAACCACUCUACUCGAAACCGGCUCCCAAGUCACUGAAACCGUCGAAUCUUGUCCGAAAUAUAACAACUUCGAUGAAAACAACCGGCAAACCAGUUAAGCCGAAGUUGGAGCGUCAAGGGACAUUCACGAAAGAAGAGACGACGAGUGCGAAAAUUUCGAAAAUUCCGUCGAAAAUUCCAGCUAGGAAUUUUGGACGAUCGACGAGUGCGGAAAGUGCAAAGCGAGUGCAAAGCGCAAGUAGUGGGAAAAGGGCGUCGUUACCGCAGCCGGUGCCAAAAAGUGCGAGUAAUGCAACAAAGAAGCAAGUGACGAGUAAAAUUGCCAGUAUUUGGAAGAAGAUUGAAGAAAGUAAGAAGCAACAGCCAGUGAAGACGGCCGAUACGAGGGUUUGGAUUGAGGCGAAAGGCGGCUGUGGAAGUGGGGGCGGAGUCGCGAUGAGGGGGACGAAGCGUGAAGGGGAUGAAGGGGGGAAGAGGGUGUCAAGGUUGGGCUCGUUUAUUGUUAUGGACGAUGGGGGGGAGCAGAAUCAAAAUGAAGCCGUUCAAGUGAUUGUCCGUUGUCGGCCUAUGAACUCGCAAGAGAAACAAGCCGAUUGUAAUCGUGUUGUUAACGUUUACUCAAAUCGGGGUGUCAUUGAGGUUGAAAACCCCAAAGCUAGGAGUGAAAAUGAACGUAAGAAAAUCUUUACAUAUGACGCUGUUUACGACUGGAAUGCAUCUCAACAGUGUCUUUACGACGAGACAGUGCGUCCUCUUGUCUCGUCAGUCCUUGAAGGUUACAACGGUUGUGUGUUUGCUUAUGGUCAAACUGGCACUGGGAAGACAUACACCAUGGAAGGACUUGACUGUGAGGAACAAUGGGGUGUUAUCCCAAGAGCCUUCCAGCAAAUUUGGACUCAUAUUAACCGGACCACAGGUCUUGAAUUUUUAGUAACAGUUCGCUACUUGGAAAUAUACAUGGAGGACAUCAGAGAUUUGUUGAAAAUCAAAAACUCGAAAUCGUUGGAACUUCGGGAAAUCACCGGAAAAGGUGUAUGUGUGACACAUCUUCACUCACAAACGUGUCAAAGUGCCGACGAUAUGUUGCGAGCAAUGCGAGUGGGUAAUAAAAAUCGCACUAGCGGUGCAACGAAUAUGAAUGAACACAGUUCACGAUCGCAUGCGAUUUUUCAAAUUGUUAUCGAAAUGGCUGAAUUACAUUCGAAGAAAGUCAAAGUUGGUAAAUUGAAUCUAGUCGACUUGGCUGGUAGUGAAAGACAGUCGAAAACUGGAGCUACAGGUGAACGAUUUAAAGAAGCGACGAAAAUCAACAAGGCCUUGUCCAGUUUAGGCAACGUGAUUUAUGCAUUAGCUGAAAAUUCCCAACAUAUACCGUAUCGAGAUUCGAAAUUGACACGACUUUUACAGGAUUCUUUAGGUGGGAAUAGUAAAACUAUAAUGAUUGCGAAUAUUGGACCAGCUAAUUGUAAUUAUGAGGAGACUAUAAUUACGUUAAGAUAUGCUUAUCGGGCAAAAUCGAUCAAAAAUCAACCAAUUAAAAAUGAGGAUAUUAAAGAUGCGAAAUUGUUGGCUCUUCAGGAAGAAAUCGAGCGAUUGAAACGUUUGAUUGAAAUGAAAUCGAACGGUGGUGGUGAGGUAGACGACUCUGAAGUGGUUUUGGAGGAAAGCGAAACGUCGGAUGAUGAAGAUAGCAAAAAAGAUGAAAGUAAGAAAAAACUAGAAUUGGGUAAAAUGGAAGUGGAUGAAUUGGCUAAAAAGCUGGAAACGUUGGAAAAACAGAUGGUACAUGGAGGAAAAAAUAUCGUAGACAGUGUGAACGAAAACGAGGUUAGAUUGGAGCAACAAAAACUGGAAAUUGCCGCUAGAAAAAAACGUGAAAUCGAAAUGCAACAAAAAAUCGAACUGGAGGAAGAAACCUGCAUCGAAUUGAAGCAAGUUUUUGCAAGUCUUCAACAACAAGUCGAUUUUAAGAAAGACAAACUGAAACGACUCUACGCCAAGCUUCAAUCAAUUCGUCAAGAAAUUAAAGAUAAUCACAAGAUUUACAUGAACGAUCGGCGCGAAAUUGAAGAAGCAAACGAUGAAGCCUCCAUGCAAUUGAGGCAACGUUUUCUCAUCAUUGAUAAUUUUGUACCGCCUGAGGAACGUUCACGUUUGAUAAACUUGGCACAGUUUGAUGAAGAUAAAGAUAAUUGGGUGUUGAAAAAGGAAAAGAUUGAUGCAAUUACAAUGGAACGGCCUUUGGGGCAUUGUUAUCGAAGGCCUAUCUCUGAAUAUGCUAUUACAACGGGACAAGUUGUACCAAAAUAUCGUGGCGAAAAUGUGUUAGAUUUGAAAUUGGAUAUGCCGUUACGUAUCACACAAGAUUACGUCAGUCCAAAUAUUUGUCCGCAAAUUAAAGCCACCGUCACUAAUAUGAUUUUACACGACGUUGAAAACAAUGUCAUUGUUGUUAAAGCCUUGCCUCAUACGGUUAGUGCAAGAAACACUUCCAAGUUGGAACAUGAAGGCAAAUAUAAGCAGGCGACGAAAUUCGUUAUAGAUAUGCAGAAUUACAGGACUAAAAAAUCAAGUGAACCGGUCCAUUGAUUGAAUCUAGUCAGCUUUUAUUUUCGUACUAUCUAUCAUCUAUACUAGUCUUGUCCAUGUAGCUUAAUUUCGUUUCGUGAUAAUUUAGCUUUAUUGACAGUAUAAAAACAAUAAACAAAUAAAUAUAAACUUAUAAA